CCGCCGACAUGAUCCGCGCAGGGUGGAGCCAGGAGUCCAAGGCGGGGGCCGUGGCUCUUCCGCGCUCGGCUUCUUGUGGCCGCCGCCGCGCGCCAUGACCCAGCCCGUGCCCCGGCUCUCCGUGCCUGCUGCGGUCGCUCUGGGCUCGGCCGCGCUGGGCGCCGCCUUCGUCACGGGCGUCUUCCUGGGGAGGCGGUGGCCCCCGUGGCGAUGGCGGCGACAGCAGCGCCUGCUGCCCCCCGAGGACAGUCCCCUGUGGCAGUACCUGCUGAGCCGCUCCGUGCGGGAGCAUCCGGCGCUGCGCAGUCUGCGGCUGCUGACCCUGGAGCAGCCGCAUGGGGACUCCAUGCUGACCUCUGAGCAAGCGCAGCUGUUGGCCAACCUGGUGCGGCUUGUCAAAGCCCAGAAGGCGCUGGACCUGGGCACCUUCACGGGCUACUGCGCCCUGGCGCUCGCGCUGGCGCUGCCCCCAGCCGGGCGCGUGGUGACCUGCGAGGUGGACGCGGGGCCCCCGGCGCUGGGGCGGCCCCUGUGGCAACAGGCGGAGGCGGAGCCCAAGAUCGACCUGAGGCUGCGGCCCGCGCUGGAGACCCUGGGUCCUGUGGCAGGGAGAGGUGCUGCAGCCCCAGAAAGGCGACAAGGAGGCCGAGUGCGUACGAACUCUGAACGAGCGCAUCUGGAGAGACGCCAGGGUCCACAUCAGCCUCCUGCCCCUGGGCGAUGGCCUCACCUUGGCCUUCAAAAUCUAGGGCUUGCCCCCCGAGAGUGGGCUCGACGGAGGCUGACUAGGACCCAGGCACUGACCCUGAAUUUGAAAUCCACCAAUAAAGUGGGACUGCGGGCCAGGACCUCCGGAGCCUCCUCCCUGGCGAUGAGUCACCGGCGUUCAGGCCUCCGGUGACUGAGGCCAUGACCCUUGGGGGGGGGGGCAUCAGCACCUGGGCCCAGCACACAUGCAACCGUGAUCCACCUGGCUCCCCUUAAGUCUAAAGGAAGUGGGGGCUGCUGUCCUGGCAGGUGUGAAGCACAGGCCUGCGGGUGGCAACCUCCCAGAGGACAGGCCAGCGCCCUUUAGAGGGACAGUGGAAGGGACCCUGCAGGCUCUGCCUCUCCACCCACAGCUCUCCUACCCACAGAGGACAGCUUGGCAUGAGUCUGGACUUCUCUAGGCUCUGCAGCCAGUUCUGAGGGCUGGCUGCUGGAAGCACACCUGCAGGCCACUGGACCCGAGUAGCGGGGAACCUGCGAGGGGACACUCCUACCUGCUGUUCUGCUCGAUCCCCAUCUUUCCUGAUCCAUCAGGCCAACAGGGUGCACGUGAGUGACUGGGGCCAGAGCAUUUCCAGCCGAGCCUCCUACACUCACCUGUGCACACCGCGGAGCUUCGCUGCAGACCCAAGCAAUGGGCCAGCAGGCCUGGGAGUCGCCCCAGGACAGUGUUCUCUUGCUGGCUGACAACGGCUUUCUUAGCACCAGGUCCUGGCUAACUCAGGGAUGCCUAGAAAGCCAGCUGGAGAAGCCACCUUCAGUCUGUGGCCCACUCCAGCCAAUGCUGCAGGGCAAACAGACCAGGAGGGGCCUUCACAGCCCUCAGGUCCCUUGUGGAAACCCUGCCUGAGCUUUACCCUCCUCCAGUUCUCCUCACCCCAAGCUGGUAGCACGUGCAAUUUCUUGAGUAUUGACUCAAAAGUCUCCCGGUUACCUUUCUCCCAGCUUCAAAGUGAACCAGUGUUACAAUGUAUUCACCAACUCUCCUCUGACCUUUCCACUCCCCUCCCCAUCAGAAAACUCGCCCUUUCCUACUUUUCCAGCCCAAAUCACAUGCCAGCGUUACCAUUCAAGCCCAGGUGAAGGGCCAGGCACUGCCCCAGCUCAUUCCUCAGCCCAACACUUCUGCCAGCAUCUGCCUGGAAGAAAUUGAUUCAUGACUUUUCACUGGGGCCUACCCAAACCACCAUGUGGUUACAUGUUAGAAAUGUGUUACGGGGCCAGGUGUGGUGGUGCACACCUAGCAAUCGCAACACUCAGGAGGCCAAGGCAGGAGGAUCACAAGCUUGAGGCCAGCCUUGACCAUACAUAUCAAGACCUCAUUUCAAAAAACAAAGGUAUACAUAAAAGGCAGUGCCAUUAAUCCUCUUCAAAUACUCUCUCAUUUCAAACACCCCAUGGUUCUUGCCACUUUCUGAAGCAGUUCUGCAAGUCUUUUGUGUCUCCAAGACAUAUGAUCAAAAAUACUACAGAGAGUGUCACUGCAGCCGAGCGCCCUCCAAAGGAAAGGCAGGCUCGUAAGACACCCUCAUUCACUCAUCUGGCUCUGGGCGGCUUCUGGCUCUUCCUCCGAGUCCAAAUGGCCACAGAAGGUAAACGUUUAGAACACAAAGUGCAGCCACAGCACAGCUGAUGACACUCCUGACAGAGGACUUCCACAACUGCUUCAGACAGUGGCAAGAACAGUGGGGCGUGCCUAAGUGUUUUGAGGGGCAACGGUUAUGAAUGCUUUCCACACUUAUUUUUGAUCACACCUCACUCACCACCACCACCACCACCUAUGAUGCGAUGAGGGCCAGGCCUUUAGAGCUAGUAAUAACCAACAGCUAGCUGGCUUCUUGUUACUUUUCUCCCGGCUUCAAAGUGAAGCGGUGUUACAGUGUGUUCACCACCUCUCUGGGCACUGGUCUCUUCCUGACCCCCCACGCACCACUGUAAGGGUCAGUGCACCUUAGCUCACAGGAGCUUCCAACUGCAUCCCUGCAUCCCUUACUGUGCGGCGCCCAGGGUGACCGCACACAAGCUCUGCAGUGUGCACCCUCUGACUCUCAGGACACUCGAAUUAUUUAUAGGGGACCUGGUGACACAAACAGGUAAGAAGCAAAACACUCACUAAGAAAUAGUGUCUUGGUUGGUAUCACAGAGAUUUCACCCUAGCCAGCGUAUCUGUAACUCUGCAAAUACUGGGAGCCGUUAAUUACAUAUACUUGUUUUAUUUACUUGUGAUAUCCGCAGAUAUCAAGAGCAGAUCUGAUGAUGGCUGAAUUUAACAAAAAAAUGUUAACCUCAUCUUCAAACACUUUCAUGUCAUUCAAUGGCAAUAUUCAAAUGUUAAAAGGAACAUAAAAACAAACAUGCACACAACUGCACAGUUUUCAUAAAGGUCUAUUUCAUUAUUGGUGGGUAGCGUUUUUAACAGUUAAAUACAUUUAAAUAAUGUAUAGGUGACUGCAUGACUGCAGUAUUGGUAACUAGAUAACCAAUUCAACUAGAAACCAACUAACAAGGUAACUGUCUAAAUAUUUAAAA